AUGGCGCUUGUCCCCAGUCAGGUGCUGCGGGUGGCGAUCCUGCUGUCCUACUGCUCCAUCCUGUGCAACUACAAGGCCAUCGAAAUGCCCUCGCACCACACCUACGGCGGGAGCUGGAAGUUCCUGACGUUCAUAGACCUGGUUAUACAGGCUGUGUUUUUUGGCAUCUGUGUGCUGACUGAUCUUUCCAGUCUUCUGACUAGAGGAAGUGGGAACCAAGAACAAGAGAGGCAACUCAGGAAGCUCAUCUCUCUUCGGGACUGGAUACUAGCUGUGUUGGCCUUUCCUGUUGGGGUUUUUGUUGUAGUGGUAUUCUGGAUCAUUUAUGCCUAUGACAGAGAGAUGAUUUACCCGAAGUUGCUUGAUAAUUUUAUCCCAGGAUGGCUGAACCACGGAAUGCACACAACAGUUUUGCCCUUUAUAUUGAUCGAGAUGAGGACAUCACACCAUGGGUAUCCCAGCAGGAGCAGCGGACUUACUACCAUAUGUACCUUCUCUCUUGGCUAUAUAUUAUGGGUGUGUUGGGUGCAUCAUGUAACUGGGAUGUGGGCGUACCCCUUCCUGGAACACAUUGGCCCGGGAGCCAGAAUCAUCUUCUUCGGGUCUACAACCAUCUUUUUGAACUUUCUGUACCUGCUGGGAGAAGCCCUGAACAGCUAUAUCUGGGAUACACAGAGAAGUAUGGAAGAAGAGAAAGAGAAGCCUAAAUUGGAAUGA